AUGGUGGAAGAGAACCGCUUGCUCAAAUUAAAGUACCUCAAUGCUAUCAUCAAGGAGGCAUUUCGCUUGCACCCGGUGCUGCCGAUAUUGGUGCCUUGGACCCCACAUGCUUCCUGUGUUGUCGGAGGUUACACAAUUCCCAAGGGCAGUAACAUAUUCUUGAAUAUGGGCUAUAUCCAGAGAGACCCCAAGAUUUGGGAUAAACCAUCGGAGUUCAGAUUUGAGAGGUGCUUGAAAGAUCCCAGCAAGUAUGAUCUCUCAGGCAACAAUUUCACGUAUAUGCCCUUCGGUUCCGGUCGAAGGUGGGACCUACCGCAAGGGGUGGAGCUGGAUUUAUUGGGCAAGUUCGGGCUUGUGGUCAAGAAAAUGAAGCCCCCGGUCGCCAUUCCCAAGCCGAGAUUGUCCUCUCCAGAGCUGUACAUGUCGAGUUGGGGACCAGAAGACGAAGUCAUGUUGAUCAAGAGCAAAAUGUUUCUGGUCCUGCAUAAAUGUAUUCGACCGGGCAGUUCUCAAGGUGGCGGGCUCGUCUGCAGCGGGUGCUGCAUAUUUUCUAUUGACUUUAUCAUCGAGUACUCUGGAGCACUUUUUAAGUAA